AUGUUAGAUGAUUUUAUCAUUAAUCAAAAUCAAAUUGAAUUGAAUACAGUCGAUUUAAAUAUUGACAAUGUUAUUCAGUCCUCAUCAUCAUCAUCAUCAUCAUCAUCAUCAUCAUCAUCAUCACCGUCAUCAUCAUCAUCAUCAUCAUCAUCAUCGUUGUCAUCAUCUUAUGCAAUAUCAUCUGUAGAGACAUGGGCACUUAUAUUAACAUUUUUAUAUUAUGCAAUAAUGAUUUGUUUAGGUAUAUUUUGUUGGUUAAAUGCUAAACGUAAAUAUAAAAAUCGUCAAAAAUCAAUAGAUAUUUCAACAUGGUCACGUUUUCAUAUUGGUCCUAAUCAAUUACAUAUUAAAUAUACAGAUGAUGAUGGUGAUUCUAUGACUAAUUAA